UCACGCCCAAAAUUAUCUACCUGCUUAUUUGGCAACAUAUUUAUACAUUACGAGUUAAAAGUGCAGACGUUCAUCAUUCAGUAUUAUUUUAUCCAAAAAAAAUAUAGAAAUUUUAUCCAGUAUUUUAUAAAAGUUGGACUGCAGUAUUGUUAUUUCAAUUGGGUCUCCGAUUUUUUUCCAACCACUUAUAACGGCUCGAAAACAAAGAAUAAUGUAAUUAUAAUAGAAUAAAAACCAAAUAAAAGGCUUAGUCUUAUCGCAAAACAAGGAUUACCAAAAAUGCUUCAACUAUAGAAAUUUUUAUGAGAUAGUCUCAAAAAUGGUUUUUUAAUGACAACAUGGUGAUGCUGCCUAAAUUAAAGAAUGUGAAUAAUUUCUAUUAUAUGACGUUAGGUUGUGCUGUAACGUCAUUGUUCUUUUUAUUAUUAUCUAAUAGCAGUGGACCAUCUAAUGUGCGUAGUAACCAAAUCACGGAAGUGGAUUUAAAAAACUUGACCAAGAGAAAUUUCGAGUAUGAAGAAGUCUGUAGAGAGUGGAAGCAUGCUCUUCAUGAAGAAAAACAAGAUAAAGAAGAAGAUCUCCCAGCAGAUGAGCAACUUAUGAAACUAGACUACAUAAACUGGGACGAUGAUUUAGGGUUAAGCUCUCAUUUUCGCUGUGAUAAUAGUAUUAGGCCAAAGCAAUUUACCCAAAGGGGUAAAUAUUAUGUAUUAUAUAAUUUUAUUCAAGCAGAAAAAGAGUUUGCUUGUACCGAAAGUAUCACCUUAAGUGCGCCUGGAGAUUUUAGAUUUUUAGAUAAUAUCAUCGAAUUAGUUAACUACUGGAAAGGCCCAAUAAGCGUAGCAUUAUAUGCCCCAGGAGAUGAUUUUUACACAACUCUAAAUGCUAUAGCGUACCUUAGAAAUUGUGCUGAUGAUUUGAUAGUAAAAUUGGUAACUUUUCACCUUAUAUUUGAUCAGGAGCACACUCCUAAAUUAAAGGAUGGCACCUUUACACUUUUGGACACGUAUCAAGAUACUUAUAAUUGUUCAGUUCAACCGCCAUGGCAAACAGUUAAAGAUGCAGAUAUGUAUAAAUCAAAAAACAACCUUUUGUAUCCCAUCAACGUAGCACGUAACGUUGCAAAAUUGGCCGCCAAAACUUACCUAGUUUUCCCCAGCGACAUUGAAUUAUAUCCGUCAAAAGGCUUUAUACCGUUAUUUCUAAAAUUUGUGAGAAAUAAUUUAGAGCUAUUUACUGAGGGCACUAGAAAUGUGUUCGUCUUACCCAUUUUUGAAGUUCUUGAGAACCAAGCAGUACCGAGAAAUAAAAGCGAGUUACUCAGCAUGCUAAAUAAUAAAACGGCCUUCGUGUUUCAUCAGAAAGUCUGUCAGUUGUGUCACAAGGUAAUUGAUGGUGACCAGUGGAUUAAAGCAAAAGAAACGUCAGGACUUGAUAUUUUUUCAGUCGGUAAACGACAUGGCAAAUAUGGCGUUUGGGAACCUUUUUUUGUAUGUACCCAGAAAGAGCCCUUGUGGGACGAAAGAAUGACUUGGGAAGGACAAAAUAAUAAAAUGGUUCAAGCCUAUACUCUGUGUGAAAUGGACUACAACUUUUACGUAAUGGAUAACGCCUACCUAAUUCACAGACCAGGAGUAAAAAAGAAAAAGGAUCAAAUUAAAAACCAUUAUUCACUUGUGGUUCACGAUUUUCAGCUUCUCAAAAAUAUCACUAAAGAAAUUCAAGUCAUAUAUGGCCAUAAUGAAAAUUGUACUGUUUCGGCACCUGCGCCAACCCGACCAAAUAAUAAACCAGAAGUGGCUGGUAAAAAUCAGGCACAAAAAAAGGAACAAGUUGUUAAAGAUAACCCUAAAAAAGAAAAAGUUUAGAAACCUAAUUCUAGUCUUGUAGGAAAAUGUUAGUCUGUUACCUGGUAGCUAGAAAAUAUUGAUAUUUUUUCAGUUUUUUUUAAAUUUGGAAGCAUUAGACUGAAGAUAAUCCAAUAUUAGUAAUUAACAAUAGUGUACUUUAAAUUCCCUUUAUUAUUAUUUUUCGCAUUAUACGCUAUUAUCACAUAUUGUACAGAUGAAUAGUUAUUUAAUAAAUCUAUUAUAAUAUAA